AUGCAGUGCCUACCUUCUGCCCGAUUCUUCCCUAACGACACCUUCGGACAGCCCCAUCGCUCAGGGUCAGAUCCGCUAAGAUUUUCCUUAAAUCUCAGCGUAUCAGACUCCCGCUAUUCGAGCAGCUGUCGAAGUCCAUAUCUCUCCCCGCCUAUGUCAGGCUCUCCGCCCCCAGAAUUUAGAUCUGACCUAUCUCACGGACUAAGGCAUUCAGGACGACCAAGCUCUCCAGCAUCAAACUUGAAAUAUCCUGAGUCGCAUCAUGACUACCAAGGCCAUCAUAUGGCCGGCGGGCAGGGGAUAAAUCGCGCAGUCCACGACCCGAGACAGUCGCAGAUGUCAAACCAGCAGUAUGGGCUUCCGUCGGUGAAUGAUAUUCGUCCACCACAUCUACUACCGGCAUUCGGAGCGCCGAAUGCCAUUUCUACACGUACGACGACACUUCCUCCGCGGUCAACACGCCGGGCAAAAGCUCACGUUGCAUCUGCUUGCGUCAAUUGCAAACGAAAACAUCUAGGAUGCGAUUCUGCACGGCCCUGCCGACGAUGUGUCGUUGCAGGUAAAGAGGAAUCUUGUGUAGACGUUACCCAUAAGCGCCGUGGUAGGCCUCCUUUGAAGGCGGAAGAGGGACCCAUUCGUACAUACGAGUCAACCUUUGGGCAACCAGGAAUUCUGAGAGUGUCGCAACACCCUUCAGCCUCUCUGGGACCUGCUCGAGGACACAAGAGAAAUCCAUCAUCCAGAGAAAUCAGACCCAGCACAGAUUUCAACCACGCCCAUGGGGGGCCCUCCAAUGAAGGAGAACGGAGAAUAGGAUCGAGCCCGACAACUGCUAUGCAGCCUCCAAUGUGGACACCUCCGAUCUUGCCAUCCCCAUCCCCCUUUACAGCUGGUAAUGUGCCUGCACGGCGGCCGGCAUCGAGUGGGCAGCAGCCAACGCCCCAGGCUCCCACUCAUGACUACCAGACACGGGAAUGCCAACUCCAAAGGCCAAUGGGCCGCCUAUCGCCAAUGCACUCAUUUCCAGGGGAGGGACCACGGGCGUCGUGUUCGCCACAUAUGGCCUAUAAACCAAGAAGCCCUACUGACUCGUCCUCAUUCUCAAGCCCCGGGCCAUCUGGGAGCUGGCCAGCCAGCUAUCAGCCCUCUGAUCAAGGGUUAGCCUCUUUUAAACUUCCUCCUAUUUUGGGCAGAAGCUCAGAUAUUCCGCCUCCAAAGGAGGUUGCACAGCCUAGAAGAUUUCCCUCGUUGCCAUGGCUGGAAACGGAACAACGACAUCAUCCCACGGCAUCUGACCGCACAGUUUCUACCUCCGAUUCUUCAAAUCCUCUUUCUCCAUUCCGCCGUGGAUCCGUGCUCAGCAACUCUACACACGUCUCGCCUACUUCACCAGUGUCUCUGCCCCCUUUGCGCACCACGGGACUACAAAGAGCACCGGUUGAUCAACUACAAACUCCAAUAGAAGACAGCCAGAAAGAAGAUGACAACAGACCCGCCAAGCGUCUGAGGAUGGAACUGGGAGAGAUGGUCAAUGAUUAAUAUGAUUGCCCCGAACUGUACCCUUCUAACUUUCAAUAACUUCCUUAAAACCUACCCCACCGCCCAUCUAAUUAUAUAUCCUCCCUCUCACCCUCCCUAUACCUUCUUUUUCA